GGUGUUCCUGGAUUCUUCGAAUUGCAUGUUUUCAAGAUGAAUUUGUGAUGUGUCUAGAUUAUCUAACCUGAGAAUUUUAAAGAAGCAGGAAGAAGAAAUGGCUGAUUCUGAGGAAAUGCUGACAUUCAGGGAUGUGACCAUAGAAUUUUCUCUGGAGGAGUGGGCGUGCCUGAGUCCUGCUCAACAGAAUUUGUAUAGGGAUGUGACAUUAGAGACCUACAGAAACCUCGUCUCCCUGGGUCUUGCUACCUCUAAACCAGACCUGAUCACCUAUCUGGAGCAGAGGAAAAAGUCGUGGAAUGUGAAAAGACAUGAGACAGUUGCCAAACACCCAGGUAGGUGGGAGUGA